AUGGAGAAGUCUCCAGAAGGAACGGUUGUCGUCAACGAUCUACGUCAACUUCUAGGAGCACUCAAUCACAACGAGGGUGGCAGCAACGGCGGUAGCAGCCUGCUAGCUAUCAGCAAUGCGGCUCUACCUGGCGCUUCCUCUUUCAAAAUUGACCAAAUGCGCGGAAGUCUGGUGGUCGCAUCACCACCCGACCGAGAUGCGCUUUGUCCCACAAAUCCUCAUAGUAGUCUGGAUCUUGCUAGUGUGGGAAGACCUGGUGAUCGACGCGACAUUUACUUGGGAGGCGAGGCAUCUAGCUCCCAUCCUAACAGUUUCAACCAACCCUGUGUGAUCCACCUAACCAUUGUCUUUGGAUCUCCUAGUGAGCCCUCGUUUGAUAGCCUCAACGUCGUCCUCGAUGAUCUAAAUGAUCACGCACCAAAAUUUGCCGAGGAUGAAGCACUACAUGUAAUUCGAGUGUUGGAAACGCCUGGCACACAUCUACAAUCAGUAUCGCCCUAUGGGAGCAAAUCAAGCCCUACUAAGGUGAGGAUUCCCUUGCCAGAAGCAGUUGAUCUGGACGCCCCAGAAAACGGCGUUCGUCACUAUAGACUAGAAGGAGAGGACGCCUACCUGUUCUACUUGGAAAUUGGUCGAGGGGAGGACGGAGGAAUAGCUGUUGAAGCUGACCCUCGAGAACUUGUCCUAACUUCGGCCAAACGUUUGUGGCUUAUUCCCUCUGGAACGUCAGGAGAGUCUUUCUCGGGCUUGGACUACGAACAGAGAAAGGAGUAUCGCUUUGUGUUAGUGGCAGUAGAUGGCGGAAUGCCGCCGAGAUCUGGGAGACUACCAAUACGUUUGAUAGUUGAAGAUGUAAACGACCACGUUCCUACCUUUACCCAGACGCAGUACAAUGGAGUUGUGUCAGAAGAUGAGCUUCCUGGUCAUGUUAUCCUUCAAUUACAAGCCAUUGAUGGUGACUGGAAAUACGAAAAUCAUAGAAUAAAUUUUAGAAUUCCCGGUAAAGACGAGCACUCGAAAAAUCUCCCCUACUCAGAGGCUCAAACAGCGGCAGCUAACUUUUUUGAGAUUGAACUUGUCAAAUCAUAUGAUUACAACCCAGAUUCUUCAAGCACCCAUCGAAGAAACGCCACUACAGGUCAGUUAAUAGUUCAAAGGAAGUCCGAAAAUCAACUUCGACAGGCUGCUAAACAAGCAUUGGAAGCGGCUAAAAAGUUACAGACCUCCAGUCUCGACACGUCUCAACCAAGACUAAGAUAUCGCCCCCUAAAUGUUCGCUCUUAUCUCCUGAGAUUUGUUGUAGAGGCUUACGAUUUUGGUAAGCCGUCACUGUCCUCCCAAGUUCCUGUCUAUGUUGAAAUUGUUGAUGUGAACGAUGAAGCACCAGAGAUCUUUGUUGACUACAUUUCAACUAUUCCACAACAGCAUCAGCAAGGUAGAAAGAGUUCCUGUGGUACUCUGCUCGAGGGUCAAGGCCGUUCGAUGAUAGCGCAAGUCACGGUUGUUGACAACGACGCAGCCUCCAUCAACACAGAAGUUGCUUGUACUGUGAAUGAUUCCCUCUUCUCAUUGGAGCCUAUUUCUACAAUGGGUAGUGCAGGGUGGCCAAGUCUAGGGACAAAUAGCCAAGGCAUGAAGGGCAAUCAAGCUAUGCUGAUGUACAAACUGAUGUCGAAUAACCCUGUAGACCGAGAAGGUGCCAGUGGUAGCACCAUUUCGGUUCAGAUUACUUGCAUAGACAAUCAGGAUGUGGAUUCAAAUUCGAAGAGGUUAACGUCACGUGCAGACGUUUGCAUCAAUAUUGAAGAUAUCAAUGACAAUCCUCCCCAAUUCUCCUCUAGUUCUUAUACUUUUAGAGUGGUGGAAAAUGUCCCUUCAAAUGGGAGUCGUCAGUUCUCCCUUGGGAAGGGUGGACACUUUAUCGGGAAGGUUCUUGCCACUGAUCGUGACACCUUACAAAAUGCCAAAAUAGAGUAUACCCUCUCACCAAAUACAAAGGGCGUUGUGGAAAUUGAUGCAGAAAAUGGUAGUCUUUACCUCAUUAGCCCCUUCGAUCGUGAGAAGACCAAGCAAUUUGUUUUCACCGUAAUAGCCACAGAUCAAGCGGAGUGCAAUCGCACAGCCUAUGGGCGAUUAUCGAGCACUGCUGAGGUGAGAAUAAUCGUGACCGAUAUGAACGACUGUCAACCAGAAUUUGAAUCGGCCAAUUACAAUUUUGAGGUGGAAGAAAAUGUUGAAUUGGCCGAGGUGGGAAGAGUCAAAGCGACCGACGCGGACAUGGGCGAUUUCGGUCGAGUUAGAUACAGCUUAGCGGCAGAAGAUGUGCAGAAUACCGGUGGUACACAUCCCGCGAGUAGACAAAGCGCCAAUGCACUGAUCACAAGCCUCUUUCAAAUAGAUCCGCGUAUGGGAAUAAUCCGACUCAGAGGUCAUCUAGACAGAGAAAAAAGGGUCCACUAUGAAUUCCUUGUACUCGCUGUAGACAACGUCCCAAUAAGCGGUGAAGUACCUGCAAGCCAUUCAGCAGUUCGGUUUACAGCGACCGCAACGGUAUUGGUGAUGGUUCUGGAUCAAAACGACAAUCCACCUCAGAUUCUGUCUCCUCGAAAUCUUGCUGAAUUUAUGCUCAGUCCAGAUCAAAUGGUCGCUGGCACAACCAUCUUCACUAUUGAAGGAAGUGACAGCGAUCAAGGAGAGAAUGCCACCGUUGAAUAUGAAUUGGUGCUCCCUGAAAGUGUGUUCGAUAAUUCAUCAGAAUUAAACUCAGCAAGACUUCUAAAAAAUUUCCCAUUUGCAGUUGACCAAACUGCAGGAGUCUGCUACCUCAAACAAAACCUUCCCCCACUAGGCACUGAUGGAGCAAAUCUCUACACUUUCCAAGUUAGGGCCUACGAUUUAGGUACACCAAAUAGCCUUAAUUCUACAGUCACUGUGAGAAUACUGCGCGGAACCAAGGCACUGUCGGGAACCUAUACAGACUCCUUUCUUAUCCACAAUCGGUUCGGAACAGAGGGACUUCCCAAGGGAGCAGGCAGAGGUGGUGCGUACCCCGGUGGUGAAUGGUUAAGUGAUUGGGGGGGAGAGACGGGUGGCAUUCCCAAUAAGACCCUGGCGAUCAUCGUUGCCGCCGUCUUUGCAGUUGCCAUUCUCCUGGCCAUCAUGGUGUACGUAUACUUCCGUCAUCGGAGGACCUUCAGUACGCGAAUGAUUGUGAACGGAGUGUUAGGCAAUCCACUAACAACCAAAGGUGCAGAAGGAUACAACGCUGGUAAGUCAUUUGUUAGAAAUUCUUCCACCUGUUUUUUAGAAGGAAAUCCUUGUGAGGUUUUCAAGUUAGCAAACAAAUAA